GGACUGAUAAUUAUGCUGCUAUUGGAAGCUCUUCCAGCCCAUUUUCGGUACUCAACGACAGAGAUGACGGAAUCUCAACUAUCUGUGCUCCGCCGAGGUGCCACAACUGUGACGCAGUGAACGAGACAGUCAAGGCUGACUCAGAAGAGGGGAGAGUUGUGACGGCAGGAGAGCGUACGCCGGAGAGGGGAGCCAGAGAUUCAGAUCUAAUAUGCUGGCAAAGAGAGAUGGACAGACCCUUUCAAAACUCCUCAAUAGCUAGAACUCCAGCUAAGGCAACGAUCCGGUAAGGAGAUGGUUGCGCUUCGCUGCUCUGUUGUUUUUGCUGCAGCAGUACGUAGUUGAUCCUGAAUCGGAGCAGACAGAGAGAAAAGCUCUCUCUACCAAGCGUCUUAGGUGCAUGAGGAUACUCUGAAGUCUGAAUCUUGCUUGCUUCAUCUAUCGAGUAUGGCAAGCCAAAUCGCAUCACAGGACUCCGAUUUCGACCGAAAAGCUGCACUGAAGACGUUCGACGACACGAAAGCCGGCGUAAAGGGGCUCACAGAUGCCGGGAUUACGAAAAUCCCGUCGAUAUUCCUCCACUCACAGCACAACGCAGCUCCCAUCAAAUCAAAUUCAGGGGACCCUGAGGCCGAGCUGCCCGUCAUCCCGACCGUUGACUUGCAAGUUAUCGACAGAGACCCAAAUCUGCGCCGUCGGGUUAUUGGGCAAGUGAGAGACGCCUGCCAGAGAUUUGGGUUUUUCCAGGUGAUCAAUCACGGGAUACCCAUACCGCUUCUGGAUAAGACCAUUAAUGGAGUGAAGGAGUUCCAUGAACAAGAUACUGAAGUGAAGAGAGGGUUCUACACCAGGGACUUUGCUUACAAGACGUUCACGUACAACAGCAAUUUCGAUUUGUAUCAGUCUCCGGCAGCUAACUGGAGGGAUACUAUGAGUUGUCUCAUGGCUCCACGCCCGCCAAACCUUCAGGAACUCCCCCAAGUCUGCGGGGAAAUGAUGGUUGAUUACUCGAACGAAGUGAUGGGACUGGCAAGGAAGCUGUUAGAGUUGGUUUCUGAAGCAUUGGGGCUGAACCCUGAUUACCUUACGAAUAUAGGUUGCUCGGAAGCAUUGUUGUUUCUGGGUCAUUACUAUCCGGCGUGUCCUGAACCGGAUUCGACAAUAGGAAUUAGCAGCCAUUCUGACAGCAGCUUUCUUACCGUGCUUCUGCAAGAUCAAAUUGGCGGUCUUCAGGUCCUUUGUAAUGAUCAGUGGGUUGAUGUAAAGCCCACAGCAAAUGCUCUUGUCAUAAAUCUGGGAGAUUUGUUGCAGUUGAUCUCUAAUGACAAAUUCAGAAGCUCCCAACACAGAGUACUUGCUAAAUCAAUAGGCCCUAGGGUUUCAGUGGCAUGUUUCUUGAGACCACAGCAUCUGCUUCCUGAGAACUCUACCAGAGUUUAUGGCCCGCUUAAGGAGCUGAUAUCAGAAGGGGAUCCGCCAGUUUUUAGGGAAAUUACUGUGAAGGAAUUUGUUGAACAUUACCAAGCAAAAGGGCUUAAUGGGAUCUCUGCUCUGGAAGUUUUCAGACUCUGAGUUAUUGGCAGAAGGCGGAUGCGGACAUAUAUGCAGUUUCAUGAGCAUCCGGUGAACAAUAAUGUCAUAGAAGAAUAAAUGUCUUUCCACAAGUGGAUGUUAGGGUAGAAAUAAAGCUUGGCCUGUUUGUAAAUUGUUUUGGCAGGAAAAAAAGAUCAAAUUUUUGUCUCAGUAGAAUCCAUUUUAGUGGCAACGAAAGAUAAAGUUGUUUGACUCUUUUAAGUGGACAGUUCCUUAGUUCAAUGCAUUGCAUUUGUCACCAAUUACCAGAGAUCUCAUCGUAUGUCAAUUGUCAUGCAUUUCAGUUUUGGAGGCAGUAAACAAAAACUGCUACUGCACUUUGCUAGACGUCAGCUGCAUCAUCUUGACUGGACUCUCAACUGCUCGACAAAAUACUAAUCUUAACCUUUGAUAAAUUAGCUUCCACAUGCGCCUCCAUUUUCUGUAUUCCAAACUCGACCAUUCAGCUUCACACGAAAGAGAGGAAAGAAACAGGGUGGUGAAAACCAUUUCAGCAGAUUCGGAGAGGCAGAACGAGCAGGACGCUACCAAAUCUGGCAUAAAUUGCUGAUGCUGGAACCGUAAUUUACCAUACCAGUCAUAGAUUUGGAAGUCUGAACGAUCAUGAUCCACAUUCGCGCUCUGCGGCAGUUGGCAAGAUUCACUAUGUCGGUUCAGAAUGGGGAUUCUUUCAAUCAUGGAAUCCCAGAGUCGCUCCAGCAGAGAGCAAUUGAUGGAGUUAGAAAGUUUCACGAGCAGGAUAAUGAGGUGAAGAAAGAAUUCUACACCGGGGGUGAAACAAGAAAGGUCAAGUAGAACGCCAACUUUGAUAUGUACCAAGCUUCAGCGGCUAAUUAGAGGGACAGUUUGUACUGCCUUGUGGCUCCUGUCCCUCCACAUCAUGAAGAUGUGCCAGCCAUUUGUAGGCAUGAAAAACCACCACAUUACCUUUUUCUUCUUUGAAUUAAACUUGGAAUGCAGACAACUAUGUACUAACUUGUAAACUCUUUCACGCCUCAAACUUCUGCAGCGCUAAUAUUGCAGAGAUGUAUAUAAUCGAAUAUUCAAGAAAGUGAAGAAAUUGGGGCUGACCAUUUUCGAGUUGAUCUCCGAAGCUCUGGGAUUAGACUCCAAACAUCUCAGUUCCUCCACCAAGGCCAAUGGGUUGACAUCAAUCCCAUCCCUGGAUCCGUAGUCGUCAACUUGGGCAACAUGUCUCAUCAGGCAAGUUUAAUCCACAGAAGAUUCAAAUUUCACACAACCAAUCUCAUCCUCAAGCUAUUUCUAAUCGAGGAUUUCCUUUUUCUUCCGUUCUUUAAGUAGGGCCGGAAGUUUCGUAUCGGUAUUUGGGAUAAUCGAAUAUUGUACUGAAUUGAUCACUUUCGGGUAUUACCAAAACCCAAUUUAUUUUUUAGGGAUUGAGAUUCAUUUUCGAGUGUUAUUCGGCAUUCGGGAUUACAAGAUUAGGAUCGGUAUUAUAGAAAAAUACCAAUAAAAAUUGAUGAAAUAU